AUGAAGGAAAGCUUGCAAGAAGAACUUUCUCUGGUUGGAAUUAAAGUGGAAGGACUGAAGGUGAAGAUUGAAAACAUGGAGGAGGUGAAUGAAAAAAAGGAAGCUAUAAACUUGAGAUCUCAUAUUAACAAAGAUCUUGGCAAGAUGAUAAAACAUAUGGAUGUUGAUGGUGAUGCAAGUGAUGAAAUAAAAAGUAAUCAGAAAAAAACAGAUGAUACUGACCUUGAAGAUCAUCCUGAAGUAGCUCAAAGGUACUUCAACAUUGGUUACACUCAAUAUCACAUGAAAAAUUAUCAGUCAGCAUUAGAAUCGCAUAUGAAAGCUCUCAAAAUCAGAUUAAAGCUAUACGGAGAAAAUGACCCUGCAACAGCUGACAGUUAUUACAGCAUUGGAGCCGUAGAACAGGACAGAGGGGAUUACAAGUCUGCAUUAGAGUAUUAUGAAAGAGCUCUUGAAAUUAGUUUAAAACUAUAUGGCAAAGAUCAUUGUGACACAGCCGACACAUAUUACAGCAUCGGGAUCACACAACAUGCGAUGCAUGACUACCAGGCAUCAAUAGAAUCAAAUAGAAAAGCUCUAAAUAUCAGAUUAAGAUUACAUGGGGAAGGCCAUCCCUUGACAGCUGAUAGUUACUACUGCAUUGGAAUCGCGCAGCACGAGAUGAAAGAUUACAAAUCAGCGUUAGAAUCCCAUGAAAAAGCUCUUGAAAUCAGAUUGAAAGUGUAUGGAGAUGAUGACCUUGCAACAGCCGACAGUUAUUACAACAUUGGAUACGCACAACAUGAUAUGAAAGAUUACAUGUCAGCAUUGAAGUCAAAGCGAAAAGCUCUUGAAAUUCGAUUGGGACUACGUGGGGAAGAUUAUCCUGAAACAGCUGACAGUUACUAUAGCAUUGGAGUCACACAACACGAGAUAAGAGAGUACACAUCAGCAUUAGAGUCAUAUCAAAAAGCGCUUGAAAUCAGAUUAAAAAUUUACGGAAAAGAUCAUGCUGCAACAGCUGACAGUUAUUACAAUAUUGGAGUCACACAGCACGAGAUGAAACAUUACAAGUCAGCAUUUAUUCGAAUCGAAAAGCUCUUGAAAUCAGAUCGACACUAUAUGGAGAAGAUCACCCUGACACAGUUCAAAUUUAUUACACAAUUAGUGCGAUACAGCGUGAGUUCGCAAAUGACAUCAAAUUCAAACGAGAACAGUUGCUAA